AUGCCGGGCCCUUUUAUGUACCGUUAUUAUGUAACGCCCAAUUUGGAUGGCCAGAAAUCGGAGAGUACGGCCACAUUGCCGGCGGGUGAACAGAAUGAUCAGACUUUUUGUGAGUUUUUUUUUAUGAAAAAUAUAAUGAUUUAAACAAGAUUUAAUAAUAAUUUUCAAAAAUAAUUUUUUUCAUUGCUUUUUAAAUUUUUGUUUGAUUUUUUAAUUUUUUUGCAAAAAAAUCCGAAAAAAAGUUUGAAUUAAAAUUUCUAUGCCCUCUUUCAGACUGGCUAGUCCCAUGUUUUGCCGCUUUGUCAGUUGGAUUCAGUCUUGUUGGAGUGUUUACAGUGGCCGUGAUGAUGCCAGCAGCUUUAUCGAGGUUUCACAAAACUCAUGAUUACGUCAAUUCACAUGCCAAUCAUUUUAAAGUGAGUUCUUGAAAAAUUUCAGUCAUUUUUUAUUUCAAUCUUUUUUAUUUUAUUAUAAUUUUUUUUUUAUUUUUUUCUUGUUUUACUUUCCCCUUUUUAGCACCAAACAAACGCCCUUUGGCUGGAAUUGAAUCGAGUUCAGAAGCAAUGGCGAUUGCGGAGAGAUCAUGUUUACACCAAUCAUACCACCAGUAAGAAUAUAAAACCAUUCGAAUUCAUAUUUUAAAACCUUUUAAUUUUGAUUAAUUUUCAGUACCAAUAAUUCCCGUUCUUCCCUUGCACCAGGGGUUUAUUCCCUUUCCAUUUCAUCGAAUCGAAAUUCGAAAGCAUCCAACGCCUUCGGACCGAUUUGUUCCAAAUGAUUCCACUUUUGAUUUUGAUGAAAAUUUAGAAGAUACGACGACAUAUAAGAAAAGCAGUGGGACGACCGAGAACUUCGAAUAUUGUGAGUUGAUUUUUAGAAAUUUUAAUUUUUUUUAAAUUUCAUAAAUUUGGAAAAAGUCGCGAAAGGCGGAAAUGACGUAUUUUACAACUUGACUAUAAUUUUUGAAAGUGAAAUGUCAUCGUUUUCAGCCGACCGAACUACCGUAACCCAACGUCCUUUGGUCCGAGUCACAGUGAAACCCAUGCUCCGCCCUCUUUUGCCCUUAUCUGUUGGCUCUUUUAUGAGUGAGAAAGCUCGUCAAACUUUUGAUUUCUACAGCCAGCAUCUCAAUAAUCCCGCUCCAACCUACCGCCCUCCAGAUCCCCCAAUUUUUUAUCCCCCACCGCCGCCAAUGCCUUCAUACACAAAAAGUUCUGGCUAUGUGACAAAUUGUAUGGGCCCACCUGGCCCACCAGGUCAGGAUGGUCUCAACGGACCUGAGGGUGGCGCUGGAGCCGAUGGAGCGCCCGGAGCUGACGCUAUUUUCGAGCGGCUUGAAACCCCUUGUCAGAUAUGCCCUCAAGGCCCUCCUGGCCCGGUUGGCGCUCCCGGCGCACCCGGAAAUCAGGGUUAUGCAGGCUCAAAAGGGCUGGCAGGAGAGAUUGGAGCGGCCGGCAAACAAUCAGACUGCAGCGGGAUGCCUGGAGAGCCAGGCGAAGUCGGGGCGCAAGGUUUGCAAGGAGAAAGGGGAGCGCCCGGUCUUGAUUGGUUUACGGGAGUCGGUGCUCCCGGUCCAGCCGGCCCUCCAGGGCCUCAAGGACUUCCAGGACUGAUGGGAGCGCUGGGCAAGCCGGGCUUGGUCUUUGGAGUGCCUGGGCCACCAGGCCUGCCAGGAGAAGAUGGCUGGACUGGAGAUCAAGGUGAACCUGGACCGACGGGGACAGUCGGGGAACCAGGAAUCGACAAGGGGUAAGGACACCCUAAUUAGCUUCUACCUUGAUGAUUUCGACCAAUUGCAUCACUUUUUUCACUUUCAGAUAUUGCCCAUGCCCCUAUCGCAACGACAGCCCAUAUAUUCAACCAAGACAGAGUAAUCAUGGCUUCGGAAAGUCGAAAAGAGGAUAA